UGCGUGUUAGUGAAUGUCACGGGGACGCAAAGGGCAGUGAAAUGGAGUUUCUCGGUGAAAAGCCACACGUCAGCAUUUUUAGUAGGGCAUUAGGAUAGACUUACAGAGUGUACUGACUGACUGAACUAAAGAAACCAGCUACUGUAUCAGAGGGACAACCCGCAAGCUAAUCUGUGUACAGUAUGUACAGUAGGCUUGGUGACUAAUCCCUCCCCCAGCUUAAAGGAGGCCUGACACCCUGCAGAACACAGAAUCUUUAUGAACCCUACGAUCUGAUUGGCUGCCUAGGAAUGUUGGCGCUGCGGCUAUUGGUUACACAGCGAGCUGAUUGGCUGCGAUUGGCCGCCUUGCUCCGUGCUUGGAGCUGCGGCCGGGUGCCAUCUGUUUCUCCCUCGCUGAUUGGCCAGGCGAGGCAUGUGACCCCACAGCUGAUUUCCUGGCCGUGUUUUGGGGUUGAAUAUUUGUGCCUGCACAUGUCGCACCCAUCUGUCCCGCAAAGUAUGGAACAAAUCGGUUCUAUUCGGGUAGAGCACGACAGGAACAGGAGGCAGUUUUCAGUUCGCCUCAACGGAUGCCAUGACCGAGCAGUUUUGCUGUAUGAGUAUGUGGGGAAGAAGAUUGUCGAUCUGCAGCACACUGAAGUCCCAGAUGCUUUUCGAGGGAGAGGAAUUGCCAAACACCUUGCUAAGGCUGCUAUGGACUUUGUGGUUGAGGAGGAUUUAAGGGCUCACCUUACCUGCUGGUACAUUCAAAAAUAUGUGAAGGAGAAUCCUCUUCCCCAGUACCUGGAACGGUUGCAGCCUUAACCUUGACUCCCCUGCGAUUAUUUUUUUUUUCAAUACAGCAAAAGAAGCUUGAGGCAAUGCCACUGGAGUAAACAGAAUGCUGUAUUCACACGGGCAAUGUGACACAUAUGCAGCAAGAGCAUUGCUGUACAUGAAAGCAUGCAAGGACUUGCAGCUCCCUACUUGCAAUCUGAUUUUUGAAGUGGAUACAGACUGUUUUGCUUCUCCUGGAGUUUUUAUAGAGCAGGUCAGGUCACUCACUGUGAGCUUGGCUGUGUUUGCUCCUACUAUGGAUUCAUAGAUAAUUAUGGUCCUUGAGAACUUCUGUGCAGGAAAUGAAAAUGUACUGUAUAUUUUUUUUCCUCUUUCUAUGUGGGACACACUCUCCACUGCAUGGGAAAUAUUUGGGUUGAACUGAAGAUCCGUUGGAAAUCUAUCCGUAGUUUAAACUACCAGUUCUAGAUAACAAAGCAACUACAUAUACUAGAGAUGUCUGUAGUAACUGGGUGAAGAGGAUGGAUCCAAGAA